UCUCUCUCUUCCUUCCUCGAUUGCCCUGACUUCAGCGCUUUAUGUUGCUCUGCUCCUUUGCUUGGUGGGUUCAGGAUUAUGUUUCUGAUGUUUUUCUUUGGACAGAUGAAGAUCUGAGGUGAAGCAGGUUUUCAGGAUGCAGCUUCCCUGGUUUCUAGGCACGUGGCUGUGGUUGUUAUGCAUCACAGAGGUUUGGGCAGCGACCUUCAAGAUGGCCUUGGUUGGUCCGUGGUCAUGUGACCCAUUGUUUUCCCGGGCAAUGCCAACAGCAGCGGCCACUCUGGCACUGUCCCGGUUACGGAGUGACAGCAGUCUCAGCAGAGGGUACUGGUAUGAUGUCAAAGUUCUGGAUGAGGACUGCUCCACCUCCAAAGCUCUGAUCAGUUUUGGGGACUUUGAAGGUUAUGGCCAUGCCUACAUUGGACCCUUUAACCCUGCCCUCUGUCAUGCUGCCUCCUUAUUGGCUGAGCAUUGGGAGGCAGGGCUUGCCUCUCCUGGUUGUCUAGAUGCUGACUGGCCAAACCUGCCACCACUGACUCCUCCCAGCAAAGUCCUGUUCACUGUGCUCAGAUUCUUUGGUUGGGCGCAUGUCAGCGUCAUCACAGCUCCCUCUGAUCUUUGGGAGAGCACCGGGCAGGAAGUGGCCUCUGCACUCCGGGCUAUGGGUCUACCAAUUGGGCCAGUGGUUACCAUGGAAACGGGGGGCAAAGGCGGCGCUCGGGAGGCACUGAAUGAAAUCAGAGAGGCUGACAAGGUCAAAGUGGUCAUCAUGUGCAUGAGUUCCAUCCUAAUUGGUGGAGAGGAUCAGAAGGAGCUCCUGCUGACUGCUCUAGACAUGGGGAUGGUUUCUGAUGGUUACGUGUUUAUUCCCUAUGAUGCUCUGCUGUAUGCCAUGCCCUAUCAGGACACAGUCUUCAACCAGCUGACCAAUAGCACGCAACUUCGUCAUGCCUACAGCGCUGUUCUUACUGUUACCAUGGCAUCUGACCAGAGUUUCUAUGAAGCUUUUCGUGAGGCUCAAAUCAGCCGAGAGAUUCGCCCUGGUGUUUCUGCCAAAGAGGUUUCUCCUUUGUUUGGGACCAUUUUCAACAUGGUCUACUUUGUUGCAAAGGCAGUGGAAGAGCGUCGUCAGACAGGAGGUGGACAUUGGGUGACAGGCAAUCAGCUCAUCCAGUCAGAUGGAGGCUUUGAUUUCCAGGGCUUCAAUCAGGUGUUGUAUGGAGGCAAAGAGGGGCAUGGCUUGCAGGCCAGCUAUGUGGUGUUGGACAGUGAUGGUGACCGUCUUGUCCCGACACACUCGCUCUCUCCGACACACACUGAUGGGAUGACUGGAGGUCUGAGACCCCUGAGUCGCUCCUUCACUUUUCCUGGCGGAAAACCCCCCUCAGCCAGCUUCUGUUGGUUUAAUCCAGAUGAGGCCUGCAGUGGAGGUAUGGGUGCUGUAACAGUGCUCUUCCUCUUCCUGUUGUUCUGUGCUUUGCUUGGAGGACUUUUCUUUUGGAGCAGGAACAAUAAGAGAGCAGUGAAAAGCACCAAAAUGAUCCUUACUCUGGAUGAUAUCGUCUUCAUCGACACCCAAGUCAGCAGGAAGAAACUGAAUGAUGAGUCGAUCAUGAAGAGUCUUUUGGAAAUUAAAACUCCAAUACGAUCGAUUGCUCGAAGUUACAUCCUCACAACGCCUGAGAGCUCCAACAUCGGGAUACUGGAGGGAGACUGGGUUUGGUUAAAGAAGUUUUGCAUUGGAAAAAUAGCAACAGAGGCCAAUCAAAACACCCAGAAUAUGUUCAGCCAGUUGCGGGAGAUGCGACAUGAGAACCUGAACCUGUACCUGGGUCUGUUUGUGGACUCAGGGAUCUUUGCUCUGGUGGUUGAACACUGCCCUCGAGGAAGUCUGGCAGACCUGCUGGCUGACAGCAAUGUGAGGCUGGACUGGAUGUUCAAGUCCUCACUGAUAAUGGAUCUCAUUAAGGGCAUGAAGUACCUUCAUCUGCGAGGUGUGACUCAUGGCCGUUUGAAAUCAACAAACUGUUUAGUCGAUGGACGUUUUGUACUGAAAAUCACAGAUUAUGGACUUCCCAUGAUCUUUGAGUCUCAGGGAAUCAGCAUUCCUGAGGAGUCACAAGGUAAAAACACAAACAUGUUUAAAAUGUGUUAAAUGAUUUGGUAAGGCAGAAUAUUUAUUUAUUCUGCCUUGCAGAAACAUGGCUACAGCAGGAUGAAUAUGUUAGUUUAAAUUA